AUGGGGAUUCUCCAAUGGAUCCAUAAAUUCCUUAUUCAGUAUGCAGGGCCGUGGGCUCUGUCACUUGUUUACGCGUCCCCUGUUCCCAAGCCAAAGCGAAUGGGGCCGUGGCUGGUCGUGGCAAUUGUCCAGUUUGCCAUUCACACCGCCGCUUCCCAAGACUGCGCUGCCCCGUUGACCAUGAGCUCCAAGAUUUCCCCCGAGUUACAGCAAGCGUUCUCCACUCAAGACCAUGUCAACAUCAUGGUCGAAAUGACUCGGUCGACGUCGGAAGUCGAAGCCGUGCCAGGUGAUCGAACGCAGUAUAUGCAAAAUCUCCAAGCGUUCUCGGCGGCCCAGCACCAGCCUGUGAAGGACCUAUUGGCAUUGCACCCCGACGAGUUCAUUGGCGAAGCCCAGUACUUUUGGAUCGACUCGAAGGUUCACGUACCGCAAGCCACGGCCGUCCUUGCCAUGGAAUUGGCGUCGUUGCCGACGGUGAAGGCCAUCCGCGGCGAAGUCACAGCCCACAUCAUGACGACGGGAGGUGGGCUAGACCUUUAAUUCAAACUUGUUUUUUGUGCA